AUGUCUUUACCAAAGUCUCCACGUCUAUACGACCCUAACAAGCGAGGCAAUGCCCCCCGCAUCCCAAAUGCCACCUGGGAAAAGUUUCGGAAGGAGAUCACGACACUUCAUCAUGAAGGGUACUGGAAGCCGAAAAUACUGGAAGUAUUGAAGAGCAUGGAAUUCGAGCCUUCAUAUUACCAGUUGAGGCGCCGAAUGGAAAAAUGGGGUCUGAAUGCGCACACAGACGAGGCGACAUUUGCAGAUCUGUCAAUGGCUUCAACCGGUGCUGUUACAGGGAGCAAUCUCGAGAACGGCAGCUCCGUCGAACAUUACAUGAUACCAGAUCAUGCAUCGGUCGUCACACCUAACACCGCUACGGCGCUAAGCUCACAGGCAACCUCCGACGUCCAAUCACUACCUCAGCGUGGCUCCUUCGGGAUGCGACGUGACCACACAUUCAGAGAGACAGCAGACCAGACUAUGCCAGCGGAACAGAGCCCCUCACCUUAUGGAGGCUUAGAAGUCGAACAACUAGCCGCGCGGAUUGAACCAAAAGCCAAUUCUCUUACCAGAAACUCAUUGGAAAUGCCUCCUCCGCGGCCGACAGGCGCUCCUUAUAUCAAUCCGCACGACAUUAUUUCGUCUCCAUCCGAACGUUCAAAUGUCAACAGCGCUUGUUAUGAGAGGCGAUCAUCGCAGAUCUCUUCGACUCCACCUCUGACGCUCGCGGAGACUGCGUCAACAGACGAUGCAUCGAUAACCAACCGGAAGCUCAGUGAAGAGGUCCCCACUCGUUUAGUGGACCAAGCUUCAUCCUCACAAUCGACGCCCCCCAAUAGUUCGCGGGACUUUGAGUCUGAGCCAGGAUCUACGGCGACACCAUUUGUCACACCCAUAUCAAUUGUCAAGGUGAUCGAUAGCUCGCUGCUGCGUCUCUGGCCGGCUUUCGACGACCCGCGGACUCUCUCAGCAUCAGAUGUGUGCGAGAUCCAAGGAGUCGCUGCCACUCUCGCUGCUGCUGGCCUUUUCGAUGAUGCCUUCGAUUUGUUUUAUGUCGAGUACAAAUAUUGGCAGGCUUGCAUAAGCAACAUUUCAACUGACGAGAUAUACCCCCUAUUGGCUACGUCAGUCGACAACUCCACGCGGUGCAUGGUUACUGCAGCCAUCAAUUGCGCUCGAAACUCUAGACCCGGCCGCCGGGGAGAAAUGGCAUACCAAGCGCUGCUAAAUGUUCAAACCCUACUACAGGCGUAUGGCUUCGCUUACAGACUUGACAUGACUUUACUCAAUCUCUAUCUCUCAUACUUGUCGAAGAAGGAUCCAAAGUACACUGCGCUUGACAUGGCUGUCAGCUGCUUUGGAGAACGCUUCGCGGUCAUUCUGCCUGAGGUCCAGGAUCGCGAACACGUCUUUAUAACAAGUUCUCUAGCAAGCUCUCUGAAGGAAAUGCUAAGAGACGGUCUACCAAGUGGUACUUGGCAUAUAUCAUCACGGUGUCUCGAACUGCAAGCGGAAUAUCAUGAACAUCUGUCCGACUGUGAAGAAGUCAGGACCGCAAUGAGGACGAUACUUGAAUGGUGCAAAACUUUUGUCGAGAGGAAUAGGCGCACUCUUAAUAAAGCCGGCGCUUGCUCGCCUAUUGCUGCUUGGUCCCGAGUAUCUGCAGCCUGGGUUUUAUAUUGCUCCUGCGUCUUUGGCAUCUCCUCCUUCGACUCGCUUGUCCAGAACACAGAAUCAAUAUGUCAUGUGCCGCUAUGCACACAUGGGGUCAAGCCGUUAAAGCUUGACAUAUUACUGGCAUUGGCGGUGAUCUGUGAAAGUUUCCUACGCUCCGGAGCUGAGAAGACCAGGCGUCUACUUUUGGGGCCUCGGUUCGGUGAUUAUCUCCAGGGUGAGAUCAAUGCCUCGAUCACCAACUGGCCUGCACGGGGUCCUGACAUCGUUGGAGUCUACCUUUCACGGAUGGCCGAUAUUCCCACUGCGCCGAAAUGUCCAGAAGCAAUCAGUGGAGCAAGCUCGGUCUUAGUGAAGGAAUACAUUGUCGCGGCUUUUCGAACGCGCGAAUCUUCACUAAGAAUCGACCGCACGUCGUUCUCAGAGUCUGCUUUGUUGGCCUAUUCAUCACUUCAUAUACUUGGAGACAGCAUUUCACGAAACAGUAUAGCAGACUCUUUUCAUUCGUCGAUUAACAGCAUUCGGUCUUCCCUGAGCUGGGAUACCAAGCGAACGCUCGCACAAAUGCUCGAAAUCAGGGAUCGUCUGCGCCGGCCCAAGUCGGUGCUUUCAACUUGGAGCAAAAACACUAACAGUUCGACUGGAAUGUCAAUUGGUUCUCACGGAAGCAACAGCUUUGAGAAAGUCAGCGGGAUGCCGUCCUACUGCCCGGAUGUUGAUAUGGCUGAAGAUCCCUACUCAAGGGCUCUCGAAAACGAGGAUCUGAUGGUGAUCGACCGAAUUGACGAGGAGAUGGAGGAUGUUUGA